CAGUGAAAGGUUGAGACUCGGCGGUCGAGUUCACAAGCUUGUAAUAAUCUGCCUCUCCGAACUUACACAAGGUCAUUCCCAUUUGUCCAGAAUACUAUUUUUAACUCUCCGCCAAACCACAUAAAUACCCGACUAAGCUCAUUUUGUAUGUAUCUUCAGUAACGCAUAUAUCAGCCGGCGUUACUCAGUAUACCAAACUAGCUAUAUAUCUAGUUGCUUAGCUUCAUUAUUUGUCAUGGAAGUUGAAGCCACUACAGUGAUGGAGUCCAAUUCACAGCCCCAGAAAUUUGCUCUGCCUGUGGACUCAGACCACAAGGCCACACAGUUCUGGCUCUUCUCAUUUGCCAAGCCCCACAUGCGAGCAUUUCACUUGUCUUGGGUCUCCUUCUUUAUGUGCUUCGUGUCAACUUUUGCCGCACCUCCUCUGAUCCCCAUAAUCCGCGACAACCUCAACCUCACCUCUACAGACAUCGGCAAUGCCGGAAUCGCCUCCGUCUCCGGCGCAGUCUUCGCCCGUAUCGCCAUGGGAACCGCCUGCGACUUGUUCGGGCCCCGCCUCGCCUCCGCCUCCCUCAUACUAGUAACCGCACCGGCUGUGUUCUUGUUCUCCAUGGCCUCAUCUCCCAUUUCUUUUCUCCUCUUGCGGUUCUUCGUGGGGUUCUCUCUGGCCACUUUCGUCUCCACCCAGUUCUGGAUGAGCUCCAUGUUCUCGGCUAAAGUGGUCGGCACCGCCAACGGCGUCGCCGGCGGUUGGGGUAACUUGGGCGGCGGCGCCACCCAGCUGAUCAUGCCACUUGUGUUUGGCCUUAUCCGUGACAUUGGUGCAACCAAAUUCACCGCUUGGAGAAUUGCUUUCCAAAUCCCUGCUCUGUUUCAGAUGCUUUCCGCAUUUGCGAUUUUGCUGUUCGGGCAGGACAUGCCGGACGGCAACUACCACCGGUUGGAGAAGUCUGGUGACAAACCGAAAGACAAAUUCACUAGUGUGUUCUGGCAUGGGAUUACAAAUUACAGAGGGUGGAUUCUGGCAUUGACUUACGGAUAUUGCUUUGGAGUUGAGCUCACUGUGGAUAAUAUUAUAGCCGAGUACUUUUAUGACAGAUUCAAUCUGAAACUUCACACUGCCGGGAUUAUUGCGGCGACUUUCGGAUUGGCUAACAUUGUUUCUAGGCCUGCAGGUGGGAUUGUUUCGGAUUUGGUUUCGAAGAGGUUUGGGAUGAGAGGGAGGCUGUGGACUUUGUUUGUGGUGCAAACUGUUGGGGGUGUUUUGUGUGUGAUUCUGGGGCAGGUUGGUUCUUUGAGUGGUUCAAUUGCUGUCAUGAUUUUGUUCUCCUUGUUUUGCCAAGGUGCUUGUGGCCUUACAUUUGGGGUGGUUCCCUUUGUUUCCAGAAGGUCAUUGGGGGUCAUAUCUGGUAUGACAGGGGGUGGUGGAAAUGUGGGUGCAGUUCUGACCCAAUUGAUAUUCUUCAAAGGAUCAAAGUACUCAAAAGAAACAGGGAUCACUCUAAUGGGGGUUAUGAUCAUAUGCUGCACUCUCCCAAUGACUCUGAUACACUUCCCACAAUGGGGUGGAAUGUUUUUCGGUCCAUCAUCUGGAAAGGCUGCAACGGAAGAAGACUACUACAUGUCUGAAUGGAGCACAAAGGAGAAGGAGAAAGGUUAUCACCAUGCUAGUGUGAAGUUUGCUGAGAAUAGCCGAAGUGAAAGAGGAAAAGCCGACUCUGUAACCAGGCCGUCUGAUGAGAUUUCACCAACACAUGUUUAAGUUUAACCAUAACUGCAUCAUUGUAAAAUCUCCAAAUUGUCUGCAAAUAAUUCAUGUUUAGAGCUUUUGAAUUGAUCAAGUAAUGCACUUUAUUG